UAGAAGCAUUUCUGAAUUACAUUAUGAACUUCAGUAACAUUUAAACAUGUUAAAUGUUUAUUUUCUCCGUGUUAUUGACGCUCGGUGACUGCAGUUCCACUCCCCGCCACUGGGCGUCUCUCCUGUUGAACCGACGCCAACUAAACCGGGUUAUUAUCUGACAGUAAAACGGACACAGCUGUCAGGGGAAUAAAACAACAGGAACACCACAUAUAUUCAGUUUUAUCCGAACCGAGCCGGUAUGCGGAUCGGACCGGGCUCUCUCGAAGGCUUCGUGCAGGUUUGUGUCCACAGGGUGUCAUUUUAAAGACACGAAUCACCGGAAGUUAGCGGAUUCUGCAACGGAGCUAACAGGCUAACUGCUAACUAACGGUUAGGAUGUUGAACGAACUUCAUUAAAACUCGGUGACGUUACCAGGGGUCCUGCGUGACGUCAUGGAAUCCCUUUUAGACUUUGAGGAAUGCAUCAAGGACUCACCCGAGUUCAGGCUGACUCUGGAUCAGUUUGAGGCAGAUGUUUCCCUGCUGGAGACUCAUCUGGAUAAGGUGAUGAAGCUGUGCGGGAAGAUGGUGGCGGCUGGUCAGGCGUACAACGCAGCCAAUCAGCUGUUCCUGAGCGGCCUGGCUGAGCUCCUGUUGUAUCAGAAGAAGGAGUCGGUGAUCAUGAGCUGCCUGAGCCAGUUCCAGCAGGGUCUGCAGGAGAUGCUGAGCUUCCACACCAUGCUGCUGGACCAGAUGCAGAGAGCCAUCAUCCAGCAGCUCUCAAGCCUCUGCUCACAGUUCCGGCCGCAGCUAGCCGACACCAGGAAGGAGUUCGUUCGGAUCGGAGAGGAUCUGGAGACGGCGGCGGCGAAGAACGCCCAGGUGUCGCGCCACAAGGCGGCCGACGCGGAGCGGGCGAGCCACCUGCUGCUCGCCACCCGGAAGUGCUACCAACACUUCGCCCUGGAUUACUGCUUGCAGCUCAACACCUUUAGAACCCAACAGAACAUCGACGUCUUGAACUCUGUGUUCUCCUUCGUCCACGCCCAGUUCACCUUCUUCCACCAAGGCUUCGACCUGCUCAGAGACCUGGAGCCCAGCAUGAAGACCAUGGGAGCUCAGCUGUCUCAGCUUUCUGCCGCCUGCUCCGCCAAGAGGAAGGAGCUGGAGAACCGACACCUGCUGGUCCAGCAGCGGGACGCUUCGGGCGAGCCGAUGGUCAGCUCGGGUCCCGACAGCGGCGACAUCAUCCAGGGUUACCUGUUCAAACGCUCCAGGAGGAAAUCCAAGACCUGGAAGAGGUGCUGGUUCUCCAUCACAGACAAUCAGCUGAUCUACAGGAAGUCCCACAAGGAUGAUGCUGCCGUCCUGUUUGAGGACCUCCGGCUGUGCGCCGUGAAGCCGGCCGAGCAUCUGGACCGCCGCUUCUGCUUCGAGCUGCUGUCCGUCCAGAAGUGCUGCGCCCUGCAGGCCGACUCGGAGCCGCUGCAGCAGGCGUGGCUCACCGCGCUGCAGGGCAGCAUCGACCUGGCGUACCGGGAGCGUGGCGACGCCCGCCUCUCCCUACCUGGCGCCGGAGACCCCGCCCCCCUGCCGGCCACGCCCCCCAAGAGGCCGGCGGUGCUGAGCGUGGCCCUCGGGGGCCCCGGGAACCAGCGGUGCUGCGACUGCGGAGAGCCGGAGCCGCGCUGGGCCGCCGUCAACCUGGGAGCCACCGUGUGCAUCGAGUGCUCCGGGAUCCACAGGAGCCUGGGCGUCCACCUGUCCAAGGUGCGGUCCCUGACCCUGGACUCCUGGGAGGCGGAGCAGCUGAAGCUGCUGUGCGUUCUGGGGAACGACGUGGUGAACGCCAUCUACGAGGCCAGGUGUUCUGAGGAAGGCCGGGUCAAGCCCCGACCCGACAGCCCCAGGUCGGAGCGGGAGGCGUGGAUCCGGGACAAAUACGUGGAGAAGAGGUUCGUCCAGCGCCGCCCUGCAGGCGGAGCCGGGGCGGGGCUCCGACUCUACCAGGCCUCCGUGGCUGGAGACCUCGUUUCCAUGGCGACGGCUCUGGCAGAAGGGGCGCAGGUCAACGGCGGCGUCGCCGAGGAGGAGGGGCGGACGGCACUGAUCGGAGCGGCGGUCGGAGGGUCACUGCUGGCCUGCGAGUUCCUGCUGCAGAACGGAGCCAAUGUCAACCGCAGAGACCUGAGGGGGCGCGGCGCCCUGCACGCUGCUGCCACCGCUGGACACACGGGCCAGGUGUGUCUGCUGCUGAAGAGAGGAGCCAAUCAGUACGCUGCGGACGAGAGGGGGCAGGACCCGCUGGCUAUCGCCAUGGAAACCGCCAAUGCUGACAUCGUCACUCUGUUAAUCGGAUCAUCGGUUCUGCUGACUUCAGGCCGAGUCGUCGUCUCAUGACUGACGGUGACCUGCUGAACUUCCUGCCGCACCACCCGGAUGUUCUGCAAAAUACUUCUGCUCCGGUUUCAGGCAACACCGGAUGGCGGCUCUUUUCCUAUCUGGUCAAUGUUUUCCCCUGAAUUGGUCAACAUUUUUAAAUCCUGAAAGUCCGACUGUGAUAGAAACGGGUUUUCCUGAGAUGGACUGAUGAGCCACAUGUCGCCACCGGAGGAUCGUUUGGAGGAACAGCAGCAGGACUCAGAGACUCCUGGUUGAUAUUUAUGGGUUUUACUGGGUGUUACUCUCUCUGUGUUCUCUACAAGCUGAUCAAUCCUCGUUAAACUCCGGUUGUUUCAGUGUUUGAUGUUAGACGGUAACAGAGGUGGAAACUUCUGCUAAUCCACUAAUAAUGGAGCUAACUUUUCAUUUAGUCCUUUAGCAUCUUCGAAAGCGUUUAGGAAACGUAGCUUCCCGUAAAUUAAGUUUUCCAGAUUGUGUUCGUAUAGCGCUUUAGCGUUAGCUUGUGCUACUUAGCAUGUUGGUAUCACAUUUCAGAAUUGGCUUUUGUGAAAUAUUGUGCUGGUCUAACAGUUCAGCAUUAACUUCUGCUACUUAGCGUGUCAGGGUUGCCCUUUUGCAUUAGCUUUCAAUAAAUACCAUGUUGGUGUUGUGUGUAAGCUUUAGCUUCAGCUACAUAUUGUGGUGAUGAUAUGGCGUUUACUAUUAGCUUUUGCUAAGUACCUUGUUGGUACAGUGCUUUUGGCAUUAGCAUCUGCUAAAUAUUGUGUUGGUAUAGCACUUUAGCAUUAGCUUUAGCUAAAUAUCGUGUUAGUAUUGUGCUUUAACUUUUCCUGAAUACCAUGUUAGCAUAGCGCUUUACCAUUAGCAUUAGGAUCCGCUAAAUCCUGUGUUGGUAUUGCGCUUUAGCACAUAGUUAGCGCAUGUAGCUUUUCAGCUAGCGGUCUCCAGCGGUAGACGUGACAUGAUGAAGGUUUGG